AUGCCAGAACUUCCGGAGGUAGAGGCAGCUAGAUCCGCCAUUGCUGAACACUGUAUCGGUAAGAAGAUUGUCAAAGCAAUUAUAGCAGAUGAUACCAAGGUCAUCGUUGGUGUCACUCGUUCCGAUUUUGAAGCUUCUAUUCUCAAUAAAACCAUCGUUGCUGCUCAUCGCAAGGGCAAAAACAUGUGGCUUCAGCUUAAUUCCCCUCCUUUUCCUUCCUUCCAAUUCGGGAUGGCAGGUGCUGUGUACAUCAAAGGUGUAGCAGUUACUAAAUAUAAAAGAUCUGCUGUUAAGGAUACUGAUGAAUGGCCCUCAAAAUAUUCCAUGUUCUUCAUUGAAUUAGAUGAUGGUCUGGAGCUUUCGUUCACAGACAAGAGGCGAUUUGCCACUGUGCGGUUGCUGGAUAAUCCUGCUUCUGUUCCACCAAUAUCUGCACUUGGUCCUGAUGCUUUGUUGGAAUCCAUGACAGAAGGGGAGUUUUUUAAUUCCUUAAGCAAAAAGAAGACUGCUAUUAAGGCUGUACUGCUUGACCAGAGUUUUAUUUCUGGUAUUGGGAAUUGGAUCGCAGAUGAAGUGCUGUAUCAAGCAAGGAUUCAUCCUUCACAAAGUGCCUCUUCCCUUUCAAAAGAUGAGAGUUCCAGACUGCUGAAAUCCAUAAAGGAGGUUAUACAUCUUGCGGUUGAAGUUGAUGCUGAUGCUCAACAAUUCCCUUUUGAUUGGUUGUUUCAUUUUCGUUGGGGUAAAAAACCUGGAAAAGUUGAUGCUGUUGAGGUUGGGGCUGAUAGUAGUCAGUAUCCAACUAGUUGGAUUUUUCACUCACGGGAAAAGAAGCCCGGAAAGGCUUUUGUUGAGGGAAAGAAGAUCGACUUUGUCACUGUAGGGGGAAGGACAACAGCAUAUGUACCGGAACUCCAGAAGCUUAAUGGAGUGCAAGCCACAAAAGCGCCUGCUAAACCACGGAAACAAGCUUCUAAAAAGAACAAUAAUGAUGAUCACAAUGAUAACGUUGAUGAAAAUGCCCAUAAUGGUCAUGGAGAUGGGGAUGACGUGGAAGAGGCAAUAGAGAAUGCGAAAGCUAAGCAAUCGAAGAAUAGAAAAGGUGAAAAGCAGCCUCCUAAAAGGAUGAAAUCCACUAAAAAAGAUGAAGAUAAAAACGAUGAUGAAGAAGAAGAUGGUGAAUGUGAAAAGAAGGCAACCCAAACUCGAAAUCGCAGGGCUACCGCCAAAAGGAAAUCACAAGAAACUGAAGAAAGUAAAGCUGAUAAUAACAGCAACACAUCCAGGAGCAGGGGAAAGAAGGUUAAAACUAUGUCAAAGUCUAACAAAAAUAAUGUUUCUGAUGCUAGUGAUGAUGAUGGUAACGAGAGCAAGGAUCAGAAGAAACAAAUGAAAGGUGACACCAAAAAGCCCCAGAGGCAGACCAAAACAAAAUCAAAAUAGGGUAGGCUUUCGGGUAGCACAAGUGGCUUGUGUACAUUCUUGCUACCUGGACAGGUAAAGCCAAGCUUCUACAAGCAUCAAUUUUGGAAGCCGGUCAUUCAAUAUGUAUUUAGCAGAACAGUAAGUAACUUAACGUCAAGUAAGUUCAUUUUGCAGUGUCGGUUGUUGGGCAGUAACUUAACGUCAAGUUAGUUCAUUUUGCAGUGUUGGUUGUUGGGCUUAAUGAUCCCUUAGUAAACUCCGAUGCUCUCUUGUAUCUUCUAGCUUCUAGGCUAUUGAUGAGAUGUAUUCUGUCGUAUUACGAACAUCAUGAUUUGGCCUAUCCUUUUUCCUAAUAUAACGACUUUGAUUGGUCGAUCAACUGUAGCAAAUAGCUUUUGCAGAGAGCACAGCACUCAGCAGCUGGUGAUUCUUUCAGAGAAGUGGGAAUACAGUAUGAUUCAUGAAUUGAUGAAUAUGACUAGGCCUAUGCCUAUCCUUUGUUUGUUGCAUGAUAUGAACGUGCUUGUUUUUUUUGAGUGGACUUUGAAGGUAAUGGAAACCAGUUGAUUAUAGCAAUGUGAUUAGAAUAAGAUGGCCACUUUAAACUGCCUGGCUAAUGAUUGCUUGCACUUUAAUAUUUGAAGUAAAACAUGAAUCUCGUGGUUGCACUUUUUACUUUAAUAGAUAAUAGAUAGGAAUGGAUCAACUUGAAUCUUUUCUAUUAAAGGAAUUCAUUGGAAACUAUCAUGAAAAGUUUGUCUCUAUUGAACAUCUUUUUUUGGUACUUUUCUUACGUUGGACAACAAAUGACAAUGUUUAUCAUACAAUUUAAUGACUUUCAAAGUUAAAAUGGCAUUCAAUUAUAUUUUGAAAAUAAUUAUAGAACUCUUAAACUUGGGAUUCUAGGUUCAUUAGUAGUAUUAUUCUUGAAUUUAUGUUGGCUAUAUACCACUCUGGCUUCACCUUUUCAAUGGAAUGGUUGAAGUUUGGUUGGGUUAUUUUGUUAAUAUAACAAGAAACCUAUCUAUAGAAAGAAACUUAGCAAAAAUCUUUGGGACUUCUUGAAUUAAAAAAUAUAAAAAAUCGAGUCUUAUUUUAGUUGAAAGUAAAUACCACCUUUUCAAAUAAGCUCGAUCUCACUUAUUCACCUCUUCCAUCGGCUUAGCCAGUAAAAUAAAAAAGGCAUAUUGAAAAGGACAAAGGUUAAUUUGAUGUGUGAAUAGUUUUGAGUUUUAAUCUAUGGAUUAUACUGGUCGAGUUAGUUUAGAUCCCUAUUUAAGAGAGCAAAGGUGGCUCAAGUCUCUUGAUUCUUGGAC